AUGGCAUUGGCUGCGUGCCCAACUCUCGCAGUCAAUUCCCCCAAUCCCGUUAUCCUGCAGCCGUCCCUCCACCGCGAAGACGACGACGGUGAAGUCGAGCGGGAACAUACGCUGACACUGCCACUGCGCCGGUCCGUCACUCCAGGUGCGGUCUCGAGCAUCGCGGCAGGCACCUCGCUCGCUGUCCCCUCCGCAGGAGGAUAUCGCGGCCCAACCUCAGACGCGCAGUCGUCAACCUUUUCGCCAGACAACAAGCGGACAGACGCCAGUGCCUACUAUACGGCCGCCUGGGGGUCCCCCUACGCCACGCCCAGCUCACGGAGCGUCUCCUGGCAGCUGAGGAGCAGACAGGGCGAUUUCGAGUCUGAGCUUGACCUCGAGAAUUCGCCCUUCUCCAUCCGUACGACCGCUCGUGGUGAGGAGCAGCUGUUGCCGGACUCCGCUAGCCAGACCGGUAUCGUACCCUUUCCCGAACUCACCUCGACCUUGUUCGAACGGGACCUGCAGCCUGAGAGCAGCGUCAGCCGGCACCGUGGGAAGUCCAUCAAGGAUUUCACGCAGGAUUGGAUCAAUCAGUACCUGACGGGGAAGCCUCGCUCGGAACGGACGAAUUGGUUGAGUGACGACUCAGGAGACAGCGACGUUGGUUCGUUUCUCACCGCAUACCAGCAGCGUGUUGACGGUUCGGAAGGCUGGCUUGAUCUCGACGACGACAACGACGACGACGACGACGCCAACAACAACAACAACAACUACUACAAGGAAGAUCUUCUCAAGACGCCCACUGCGUCAAGCUUGCUCAAGGGGAAGAGACCAGAGUUUGGCUGGAAGUCCCGGCCUGCUCAUCUCAGGGCAAAGCACGCUCCCAAGGCGAGCACGGCCACCCUGAAACAGUCCGACUUUUGGGAUUUUGGCCAGGACCCUGAACCAUCGUCCCGGUCCCAGUCUCGCUCUCAAUCCCGGUCUCAAUCACAAUCGAGAUCUCAUUCACUUGCCAGAUCCCAAUCCCAGUCUGAAGCCUGCGACGAGGACUGCGCUUCCGUCACCAUGUCAAACCUCGAGCCACUCAACAUACCGGAAGUGCAUCCGCCUCCACAACAACAUACUUAUGUCUCGCCCACAGAUAAGCCCCUCCCACUUCCUCCAACACCGGUGGAAGAUGCCCUAGAUAAGCCUCUGCCUAGUGGACCAAAAGAGACCAUUCGCACCGCUCCAGCCUUCCUACGACCCAAAAAGAAAGUCGCCUGGCGUGGAAAGCAAUGCAUCAUCGCACUCCCUCUGGAGGAUAGCCGUGGAUCGGCCGAAGGGGGGAAAAGACUUCUAACACCCGCCGACGUGGAGCAGAUCUUGGAUAGCUGGGAAGAAAAAGGAUACGAUGUUCGAGGAACUGGCCGCGGAGAACCGGUCACAGUCGAUCUGCAGAAUCGCCAGACCCAUCCUGAUCCUGCAGACACCCGCCGGGAACUCGAAGAAAAGCAGUUCCAUGUCAGUUUCCCAGAUCAGUCCGUUUGGGAAGAGUAUGUCGAUUUCUUAAAGGAAGAGAAACUUCGUGCUCUCGGCGUCAGUCUGGGAGAUCCAGAGCCCAACCCCAUCAUGUCUCCUACGCCGGGAGCCAUGAGCCGCAACUCCUCUCAGAUGCCAAUGCUACCAGGACAUACCAUCUCUCCUCCCGUCCCUACCUCCUCUGCCGGCAGCAACCAUCUGAACAUGAUGCAGAACCCUUUCUCUCCGGCUUUCAACCAAUCCACAAAGGCAACUUCCAACAUCAGUUCAAUGAACUCGCCUGCAUCACCCUUUGGAUUCCAUCCCGAAUCUCCCUUUCAGCAAUUCCAGCCGGUGUAUGGGAAUGAAACAAACUACCCAUUCUUGCCAUUCCAGCCUACUCCGCCGGCACACGGCACUCAUACUCCACAGAAUCUUUAUGGUAUAAGGCCAAAUGGCAUCACUCCUACAAACAUAGGCAACAUGCCCAACCUAGGUUCUCUGCUGCACUCUGUCUCACCUAUACUCGAUGAGUCGAAGCAGUACCCUGGCAUGGCUAGUAUGCUACCCCAUUCACACUUUAACAACCCCUAUGGUGUUAGUACGCCACAGGGUCGAAUGAAUGAAUAUGAAAACACCAUGCAUCACCAGCCCAUGGAUGAACCAAACGUUGAAAUGGAAGGGGAAGCAGAUCCCACCCUUCAACCAACCCAUUCUGGCCCUGAAAUCGCCCAUCCAACCCCUCGAGGCCAUCGACACAAUGUGAGCGAGACUCUGCAAAAGGGGGUUGAAAGGGACUACCAGAUGGAGAAUCCUGUACUCGAGGAUGAGCCGAGAGUGGAGGAUAACUUGAUGAAUUCUCGAUGGACGGCACCUGAACAACAGAUAGGCCAACAGAUGGGCCAACAGCAUUCUUUCUUCCCGUCUGAAUCGAUCAACCAGUCCAGUCGACUCCAACAACAUAUUUUCAAUGAGCAACAAGCUCACAAGUCUCAUAUCGAGGAAGAGGCAUCUGAUCUUGAAACAAAUCCCAGUGUCAAGGAUGUCCGCUCCCCCGUGGAUGACUACCACACUCACCAGGCUAAACAAAGCACUGGCUCAACAUUCAUCCCGGGACAUAAGUCCACAUCCUCCAUUUCAAAGCUCAACGUCGCUGCCAAGGCAUUCGACCCUUCCAUAUCCUCUUUCUCCCCAACCAACUUCUCAUUCAUGCCCAAUAAUACCUUCCAGCCAACCUUCAGCAGCUUUCAUCCACGGCCUGCUUUCAAUCAGGAUGUGCCGCAAAGCGUUUCCCACAGCGCACAUUCCAGCGGUUUCAACGUUGAAGCGCCAGCAUUCGCUCCAAUCCAGAAACCUCAAGAACCAAUAUCCACUCCGAGUAACUUCAAGUUCUCUUCCGCCACCUUCAAUGUUGCGGCGCCAGUGUUUAAUCCCGGAACAAGCUUCACUCUUCCCUCAUCUGAACAGAAACCUUCUCCAUCAGGCCCACGAACUAAGAUAUUCGAUAACUUUGAUCCGGCAGCAAUUGUCCCACCUACCAAGGCGUCCAAAGCCAUUCCUAUUGUGCGUCCGGGGGAUAGAAAAGAGAGCAAUGACCAACCUGAUGGCGAUGCAUCUGGUAGAUUUGGCGCUCAGGGCCGAGAAAAACGGGCUCGUCGCGUCGAAAGUCAUGGCGGUGACCAUAGUGACACUACUCGUGAACUUAUGUUUACCAUGUCACCUGCUGCUGCGGCCGAUUCCAAACGCACUGCUACUCUGAUUGAAGACAGUGAUGAGGUACCUCCUGAAAUAGCUGCGAACCGCAAGAGGACUGAAGAGGAGAUCAUCGAGACUAUUCUGUCCGCGCAUGACGAUGAUCUUGAAGAAGUGGAAGAAGGUGAAAUUGUUGAAGAAAACGACGAUAUCAAGCAGUUUGAGUUCAAAAACAAAGAAGAUGCUGCUGCAUUCAAUGCUGCUCAUCCUUCUAUUCUUGCAGAUGAGAAGAUUGUCGAUGACCAGGAGACUUUAGAAUCUCAGCCCGCGCAACCUGAAGUCGGAGCAGAUAAAGAUGCUGCUGUUGACCAAGAGGAACAAGAUACCAUUGUUGAAGGGGAUGAUCAAGAAGAGCACGAGUCACUGGGGGAAAAUAUCGCUGAUCAACCCAAGACCUCAGUACUCAAACCUACUGCCAAGCCAUUCGAGUUCAUAUCAAGCAAGCCUCCAGUGUUGAAGCCUAUUUCCCCAGUUGCAUCACCCCUACAGACCCCUAUUUCCAAGCCAAAGAAACAAGGCCUCUACGCUUCACGAUACGCUGUUUCCGAACCCGAUUCCCCUGAGCCUGUCAAAAGCCAGAGUGCUCUUACAGCUAGUCUCAAGGCAGCUGAACAAGCUGAAGAGAUUGAAGAGGAUGAGAAACCCACUGUUGAGGGCGUCAAUUCUUCAGAUGAAGAUGAAAUUGAUGCUGUCAUGAAACAGCUCAACGACGGCGACUCAAGUGUUGGUGUUGAGAGACGGGAAUCUCCUUCGAAACCUGUCUUCCAAACUUCUUCUGCUAAUAACUCAGUGUCCAACCUCGCACAAAGACAAGUUUCUCGCAGUGACGCUCCUAGCCCCUGCCUGCUAGACGAGCCGCCAUUUGAGCAGGAAAGCCCCGAGAUACCAACAUAUGAACGUACUCAGCCUUCGCCCUCUCCUCUCGUGCAACGCAAGCCAGCAGUCGGCGGCCCGCCUUCUAUCCGUCAACUAAACACUCAACCGCAAGAUCACAUCAGUGACUGGGAUGAUGCAAUUCUAUCUGGUGACGAUCUAGAACUUCGACAGAGAGCACCAUUCUUCGAAACCCAUGUCAAAGACAUAGUUCGGUCUUCGAUGGGAGACCAUCUUGCUCCCAUCGAGCGAAGCUUGUCUGCCAUCCAAGUAGCGAUUUCACAGAAUCCCUCAUAUAAACCUCGUUCAACAAGGGUGGAGCAUAGCGACGCUGAUGACGAGGAUGAAGAAGAUGAUGGCGAUCACCGGUCACGGUCUCCUCGGAAUAAGCAUGAUAAGCUCGCUGUGAGAAUCAAGGCCAUUGUUUCUGAAGCACUGGCCACACACCGCCCAACACCUGUGCCAGAGCCAGCUCCAAAGGUUGAUCUGUCCGAAGUAACCUCCACGCUUGCCGAAAUGAAAGCUGCCAUUGCCUUGGUAUCGCAACAGCAAAGUCAGACAGAUGGCAUCCGAGAUGUCAUCUCACAGAGCAUCUCAGACCAUCCAGCUCUCAAGGCCAAGGAGGUGGUCAUUGAGGAGAAGCCUGACUUGGCUCCAGAAAUGGAGAAGCUUAAACUACAGGUUGAGGGGCUACAGAGCAUGCUUCGACUAGCUGAUGAGCGCGCUGAGAACGAGUACAAUGCUCGACGAGCUGCCCAGGAUGCUCUAGCUCUAGCUCAACAACGAUCGGAGGCUGCUGAGCAGGGUAUUAUGGCUGAACGCGAAGCUAAGGCCGCCGCUGAGGAGGCUUUGGAAUUGGUCAAGAGCCAACAUCUGUCUCAAACCCAGAAGAUUGAACAGCAUUCUAGGGACCUUCAAGAACAACAGGAGAUGAUGCGUCUUACUCUUUCAGAACUAUCGAACAAGAACAUCGAUCUUCAAGGCACCCUAGAUGAAUACAGAACAAGCGCGGACCAAGCUCGAGCAGAGAAGGAGAGGUUCGAAGAAGAAAACAAUGAUCUUCUUCGUACCAUUGAGAUUCUUAAGAUUCAGACCGAUGAAGGCACGGACGUCAAGCAGAAACUCCGCGAAAGAUUUGAGAAACUACAAGGAGAUAUGACUUCGCUUAUCAAGAAUAUUGCCAAUGAACAAGCUGAAUGGAGGAAGAAGGAAGUCGAGGCUAACAUCAAAUACAAUACCUUAAAGGCCGACUUUGACCGUGAGCAUAAACAGCGACAGAAAUUGGAACUUCACAUUAGCGAUCUUGAGCAGAAGGAGAUGGAAGCCACGAAACUGAGAUUUAUCUUAGAUCAGUCUCAGAACGAAAAUGAUAAGCUUGAGGCACUGCUGAUGAAAGUUCGACAGGAGAGUCACGACCACCAAGCCAGGGCUGCCCAAUUUGAACGUGAAGCCAAGGCGGCGAUUGAGAAUAGCCACUUUGAAGCUGAACGUGUAAGAGCAUUGCUAGAAACGGAUCUCAGUGCCGCACAUCAUCAAGUCAACUUCGUUCGGACAGAGCUGGAGGCUCAAAUCUCCAAUGUACAGAGCCUUCUCGACAAUGCUAAGAUGGACUCCGAAACUGCCAAGGCAAGAUACGAACUCUUGCUUGCAGAAGCUAGAGAUUCCAAACUAGCCGCUCUUCAUGAUGCUGCUGAGUCCAAGGAAGUGGCCAUUCAAGAUCAACGUCGCUUGCACGAGCGUACCCUCAACGACCUCCGGGAACGACACGCUCGUGCUAUGCACAACACUUCGGAGGAUAGACAACGUGAUGAAGCCCAUUAUAUGGAAGUUGUUGCUCUGCGUGAUGAGAAGAUUGAGCACCUUCAGGAGAGGGUAGCAAGUCUUGAGGAGAAGCUCGAAAUUGCCAAGUCUGCCGCCCGGGCUGCUGCAGAGGCUGCUCAGACUGCUAAGGCCACUCCAGCGCCUCAGCAGGCGGUUCAAACGACCUCUCCAUCAAUGACUUAUGCUCAAGGAUCUGAAGUUCCCGAUAAGAUCUCACCACAGGCUUUGCGGGAAUCGAUCAUGGUAUUGCAAGACCAGCUGCAACAACGUGAAGGACGAAUUGAAGAACUCGAACAAGAGCUAUCUACCGUUGACAGGGAUGCUCCUGCGAAGAUCAAGGAGAAGGAAACAGAAAUUAACUGGCUCCGUGAAUUACUAAGUGUCCGCCUUGAUGAUCUCCGAGAUCUCAUCCGAGCCGUCUCACAGCCAUCAUUCGACCAGCACACGGUCCGUGAUGCUGCAAUUCGCCUUCGAGCAAACCUACAGAUGCAACAGCAGGAAAAGGAGAGGGCUAUGUCCGGAGGCAAUAGCCAGUUUCCUAGCAUAGCAUCGCUUACCAGCCUUGCGUCCUCCCCUCGCGCAUUGCCGCUAGCUGCAGCUGCAGCGUGGGGGAACUGGCGUAAGGGGAAUGGCGGCAGCGGCAACAACAACAAUAAUUCGGCACCCACGGCAUCUUCAAGCAACAGUAGCCACAACGAUGACCAGCUCACUCCGUCCAAGCCGCCCAAGCCGGCGCUGACAGCAUCUCAAGGCUUUCUCUCUGGACUUAUGACGCCCCCUAGCUCAAAUACACGUGACCCGCCUGUCGUGCCGCCCGCCCCGAUAGGACGACGAACGUAUGCCGAAACCCGGCCGCUACGAGGGCAGAAUCCGGGCAUCCGAAGAUUAUCCAGCCGCCAACUAGAAAACAUUAUGCCUCCCACGACGCCACCAUUGCUACGCAAUUCAAGCUACGACCAUGAUGCCGAAACAAUGCAUUAUGGCGCCAGCAGCUCGACAGAUGACAAUGACAAUGACAGUGUCAUUGGCGGCCUAAUUGGGCGAGAACCUGGCACCCGAUCUAUCGAAGGACCAUUUGGCCCUGAGAUAUAA